GAUUUUACCCCCUUGAAGAAGGCUACAAUGCACUGUAACAGACGAUCCUGCAUGUGUUUAGACGAUCUUAUGGGGUGAUGGCUGUUCUUCUGGAGAAUGAAAAAUCAAAAGGCAGAAACCUUUUGCCUCUUUCUGUCGCCUCCUAUGCCUUGUGGGCCUCUAUAUUGUGCCCCCUUGCAUUCUUUCUCGACAAGGAAAAAAGGUCCAAGAUGAGCUUAAGUCUGUUAGCUCAGGUGCUGCUAAUAUCUCUCACUGGAGUUUCAGCAUAUCAAGCACUGGUGUUAAUCGGUUUGAGUGAAACAUCUUCUGCCUUUACUACUGCCAUGGCAAACUUGGCGUCUGCAAUCAUUUUUGUCAUGGCAUGGACUUUGGGAUUGGAGAAAGUAGAUAUUACAGCCAAUCCAAAAUUGUGGGCACAGUGAUUUGUGUGGUGGGAGCAAUGGCUAUGAGUUUCAUCACUGGUCCAUCUCUAAUGGAGGACAUCAGGCCUUCAGUGACAAACAAGAACAGCCAAACAAUGCUGAAAUUGAUGAAGGAUCACAAGUCAAAAAGCCCUUACUUUGUUAAUGACUAAUGGCUAGCUGAUUCCUAAUUUUUAUUUUCUUGGUUUUAGAAGUGACGCAUUUCCUCACUUUUUCAAAGAUAUUUCCUAAAUAAUUUGUUCAUGAUUAAAAAAAAUUGUAUAUGUAGCUAAAGG